CGUUCUCUUUUCCCCGAUGACAGAGACGAGCUCGUUCGCUGCACUAUCCAGUGGUUCUUAGCUAAAUUUGCCAUUGUUUAUUUAGUUUUUUUUAAAUCCAGAAAAUAUAUAUAGUGGAUUGUGAUUUAACCAGAAAGCUAGAUAUCAGAUAUAUUUGGUAUAACAAGGUUAGGUCCGUAGUCCGACAUCUACCUAGUUUAUCGUGACGUACCGGUAGAUGACCGUAAUGAAAUCGCGAGCUAGAAGAGGCCUGCCGAACUAACCUGGCCAUUAUGGCAGAAGCGAGGGCAGCUCUAGCCUCUCGGAAGAUCGGGGAGGCCGACGUCCUCCUGGAGAAGUUGGGCGAAUUGCAGGGCGUAGAGGGAGUCAACAAGUUGAAGAAAAGGAUCAAGGCUGAGAUUAAUUUCUUGAAGAAGGCCUUGAGAAAGGGAAGUGACCUCAAAGAAGAACACAUUAUGUGCUCAAAUUUGGGACAGCUAGGUGCUCUGUAUGACGCUGUGAGUCAAGCAUCACAGGUUGUAGGAGUAUUACAGAACUUCUCUAGCCAACAUUUGGAAAAGAUAGUUGUUGAUGUUGUUGCAGAAAAUGGGAAACAGUGGAUAAAGGUAAUUUUAAGAUGCCCCAAAGCCUUGCAUCUUCUCUACGUCAUGGGAGGACGCAAGGGUGUAAAACCCCUGGAUGAGGUGGCUGAAGACUUUUUAAUAAUGGCGGAACACCAUCCAGUGUUUUAUGCAGUACCACAGGUUGUCUUCUGGUUCUUCAGUGGGGUCAGUGAAAGUCUAGCAAGCAACUUAGAAGGAUUGGGUAUUUGCGUGAGAGGAAUAAGAAUACCAGACAAUGAAUUAGGCAUCCCAGAUUUUACUGUAAAUGAUUCUGAAAGUGACUGUGAAAACUUCUCAGAUGAAAAUGAAGAUAUGACUGCAAAUGGCAGUGAAUGUAAUGAGGUUGCUGAGGAUAAUGUAUUUACUAGUCAAGAUAGCAGGACUACCAAAUGUACUUGUGAACCUAGAUUGCAUAGUAGUUGUGAAGUACUACAUAGUGAAGGUAGAUGUCAAAAUGAAUUUGAGUGCAACACCAAUGUGUCUUCAUCAUCAGCAGGGUUAGAAUCAUCUAACCUUUGUAGUACAGUUACGGAAAAGAAAGAAAUAAGGAAGUUGAAUUUAGAUGUGACUGCUAUUAUUGCGUAUGUGUCGGCGACUACAAAUGGAGGUGCAAACUUCAUCUUUGCAGACAAGGUCUUGACUGAGCAAGCCAUGUGGGAAAGACAGAAUCCAGUCAAGAAGACUCUCGAUCAGUACUUUCAGGGGUGUGAACUUAUGGUGUGCCAAGAAGCUGUUGAUCAUUUCUCUGACAUCAUCAAUACCAUUGGGGGACCUGCAGAGAAAAAGAGAAGCCAAGAGUUCCUUGCAAGAGUGGCAGUUGUACCGGGUCAGGACAUCUAUGAGAAUCAGGUAAAGAUUGGAGGGAAAGUAAGGAAAUUAUCAAGGAUCAUCUUUGGUACAGGUCAAGCUCUCAAGGCUAUUACUGUUACUUCCAACAGAGGUUUUGUUAGAUCAGUUGAGCAGCAG